AAAAAAUAACUACAAGUGUUACAAUGUUAAAAAAUUGUGUUACAAACAAUGCUUUUAAGUGAAAAAAAAAUGUAUAAUAUAUUAAAAAAAUAAAAAAGCAGUUUUGAUUAGUGUUUUUCCCAGGGUGUCCCUUGGAAUCAGUUAAGCCGAUGAAUUGUGAAGUGUUGGGUUGAAUGGACAAGAGUGUUUUUGGGGUCUCAUUAUCCAUUUCAUUUCCACAUUCACAUUUUUCCCUUCUGCGUUUGCCUUGCAUAGAAUGCGGUUGUGUUAGUUUCAAUGAAAUUCAUAAUCAACCCCAUUAACCCUUUCCAACCAAACGAAACACAAUCAAAAUAAUAAUGAACAAGAAGGCUUCUGUCUCUAAGGAGCUCAAUGCCAAGCACACCAAGAUUCUUGAAGGUCUUCUGAAGUUGCCAGAAAACCGAGAAUGCGCUGACUGUCGAAACAAGGCACCACGAUGGGCUAGUGUGAACCUUGGAAUAUUUAUAUGCAUGCAAUGUUCUGGAAUUCAUCGGAGUCUUGGAGUUCAUAUUUCAAAGGUACGGUCUACUACUUUGGAUACAUGGCUUCCGGAGCAGGUUUCUUUCAUGGAAUCUAUGGGGAAUAAGAAGGCAAACAGUUAUUGGGAAGCAACAAUGCCUUCAGAUUUGGACAGAAGUGCCAUCACAAAGCUGAUUCAUGACAAGUACGAAGGAAAAAUAUGGACUAAGAAGAGAAGUAUAAAAGCAACUGCAGAACCAGGUGCAUCACAAAGCAAUCUCAAUAUGGUUACCGAUAGUCCAAGGAAAGUACGGAGUCUCUCUCUUGAGGAACAAAUUCUUACCAAACAUACAACACGACCUGCCCUCGCAUUGGCAAAACCACGUGCAGGCUCUUUAGAUAUAAAUGAGAGUUAUACCAUUACUUCAACUUUGUCAGAGGGGCUGCCAAAAACUAUAGAAUGUCAAACCUCCAACACAAAGAGCAAUUGUAGCACCACAAACCUCUUCAGCUUACUUUAUAUCCAUGAUGUGAAAAAGGAUAGUACAGCCGUUGAUCCUUCAUGCUGGGCAACUUUUGAUUGAGAAACUCUGAUCAGAACAAAUGCCAUGGAUAUAACAUUUAAUUAGCUGCUGCAAUUAAAAUCUCUGUUCAGAGCAAAUGUAAAGGACUGUAGCAACAAUGCAUACCAGCAACAAAUUUUAAAAAAGUACUCUCUACGCACCACAUAACAAGGUCUGCAGUUUUAAUGUGUUGUUGGAAAAAUUUCAUCUUCUAUUCCUUUUUCGGAAGCUUAAGGUGUGUAAAAUUCGAAUUUAAAAGGGUAGUGUUUUCUAAUCAAUCUCCACGUCAAAUAAUGUUGCUCAUUAUCUUAGGCACUUCCGAAAUUUCUUUGUUUCUCAUAAAUCUGAGGCAAUUAAAUAUUUGGAUAAGUCCUACUUUUUCCACAUACUUUUUAUUCAAUGAUUUGGAAUUUAUAUGAAAACUGUAGUCACAACUCACACCUGAACAAAAACUACUUGCAAAACAUCUUAAAGUUGAAAUUGAUUGGAAAAUCAAUGAAAUUUUUACUACUAAGGGUAUGUUGUUAUUCUAAUUUAAAAAAUUAAUUAUUGCAUUGUUAGAAACAAAGUAAAUGAAAUUUAAUUGUCAAAAGUACCAUAUUAAUUAGUCGUGUUUAACUAAUAUAAGGGGAUAUUUGUGUUAUCUAUUUUACUUUUUGUAAGUGUCAAUGUAAACAUUUUCUUAAGUUGU